AUGGAUUCAAAGACGCUAUCUUCAUCCAUCGCUAAAUUUUCUGCCAAGUUCUGUAAUGAACUAGACAAGUCAACCAGUGUGGUUGCAUCUCCAUUAUCAGCUGAAUACAUUCUUGCUCUUGUGGCUUUGGGAUGUGAAGGUCCAGCACAUGAAGAGAUAUUGCAAUCCCUUGGAUUCCCUGAAGAUGAUGCUAUUCGCUCAUCUUUCUCUAGCAUGUCAUCUCAAUUGAAAUCUAUCAAAGGUAUUACUUUGAAUGUGGCUAACAGAGUGUAUAUACAAGAUGGGGGAUACAAGCUAAACAGUGCCCUUGAGAGUGAUGCUAUUAAAGUGUUUGAUGCUGGCCUUAAAACAAUUGACUUUGGAAGUGGAAAGGCUGCUCAAGAAAUCAAUAAGUGGGUGGAGAGCAAAACCAAUCAACGCAUUAAGGAUUUAUUAACGUCUGACAGCGUUAACAGCGACACUCGCCUUGUCUUGGUGAAUGCAUUGUACUUUAAGGGAACCUGGCUAAAACCAUUCCAUAAGAUGAUGACAUAUGACCGUCCAUUCUACGUUGAUGAGAGUACCACAGUGGACAUUCCGAUGAUGAGUGCCAAGGAAGAGUUCUUUUAUGGUGAAAGCAAGGAUCUUGGAGUUCAGUACCUAAAAAUGCAAUAUGAGGGCGAGGAAGCCAGUAUGUUGGUCGUCCUACCGGAAAAGGUCGACGGUUUGAAUGAUGUUAUUAAGAAGCUGGCUGAUGGUUAUGACCUGUUGGCUGAUGUGGAGACUUUGGAGGAGACCAAAGUGGAUGUCACGAUCCCCAAGUUCAAGAUUGAGACCGAGAUUGACCUCAUGGAAGUUCUUCCUAAGCUCGGAAUCAAAACUAUAUUCGAGCCUGCAGACUCCGGACUUACCAGGAUGUUAGAUAGUGACGAGAAGUUAUUUGUGUCUAAGGGAGUGCAAAAAGCAUUCAUUGAAGUCAACGAAGAAGGAGCAGAAGCUGCCGCUGCCUCUGUGGGUGUAGUCAGAACUCGGCGCUCCUUGAAUCCGCCACCGCUAAUCUUCGCGGCGACAAGAGAAGCCCUAUGGUGCGUCUUUAUCAAAGGCCAGAUGGCGUUUGUGGCCCGCUAUAAACCAGACAGGACACAGCUUCGUACCGAACUCUAA